AUGACGUGUUGUGAUGACGUUCUGGGGACGACGUGGACGCAGGAAAUCGUGUGGACGAUGAGGAAUCAGGUCGACGUCGACACCGCGGCCAAGGUCCCCCUCGACGUCAGGGUCCCUUUCAUCGAGUUCGAUUCCCUGCAGCCGGAGCACCUCCCUCUCGCGGCGCCCAUCGAAGAGGCCUACCGGAGCCGCCACCCAGGGGAGGACCCAAGGGACAAGGGCAUCUUCCUCGACCUCGUAGACGCACUGCCUUCCCCGCGCACCAUCAAGACGCACCUGCCCUUCUCGCUGCUCAGGCCGGACCUGCUCGACUCGUGCAAGGUUGUGUACGUGGCCAGGAACCCAAAGGACGUGUGUGUGUCGUAUUACCACCAGCAAAGACUCGUCAAAGUUGCUGAGUUUGUGGGAGAUUUUCCCGAGUAUGUCGACUUCUGGACUCAAGAUCUCCUCCUCCAGGCCCCUUACUGGCCGCACCUGGCCGAGGGCUGGGCGAGGCGACACCACCCCAACGUCCUGUUCCUCUUCUACGAGGACAUGAAGGAGGACAUCCUGCGGGAGCUCGGACGCCUCAAUACCUUCCUGGGGACGGCGCUGACGGAGAGCCAGCUGCAGACGGUCGCUCGCCACACCUCUUUCUCCGGCAUGAAGAGCAGGGGCGCCACCAACCCCACCGCCGCCCUGCAGGAGUCCGGGGAAUUCAAGAAGGGCGAGGCGGCCUUCAUCAGGAAAGGAACUACGGGUGACUGGACCAACUUCUUCACGCCGGAACUCGAGGAGAAGUUCGGAGAGUGGAUGGAGAAGUGGCGCCCCACCUCCGAGGAGAUCCCCUUCAGGUACCAGAUCAAGAUACCCGAGUGAUACCAGAGUGCCACGUGCCAGCAACUCUCGAGUGAUACGAGAGUACCAGGUGCCAAUAGGAUACCAGAAUACCAUGUACCAACGAGAUUCCCGAGUACCAGUUCGUGAACAUAAUGGAGAUACUGAGCAUAUGUCUCAUUACUAAUGUAACCUUUUAAUAAAAUUGUUAGGUAUGCUGUGUA